ACCAAUCCUAUUGAAAAAUCACUGAGCGCUCACUGAUCUGCUUUCUCUGCUGAACGCAGCCAUUAUUUGUUCCGCGUUUGUCCGCGAUGAGCACGUUUGUCAAGAGCUGUUAUAUACGUAGCCUGGAAAGAACUCCAAAGAAUGUUUAUUUGCCGGACAACACGCCAAUUUUCGUAGGACGCUCGCCGGAAACCGAAAUUACAGACACGAAAUGUUCGCGACAACAAGUUCGUCUAUGUGCAAAUUAUGCAGAGGCUAUUGUCACAAUUCAACAAAUUGGACCGCAUGCUUGUGGUUUUAAUGGCUUUAAAACUAAAAAGGAUGUAAGAUUUGUAGGUAGGCACAAUGAUCGAUUGGAGUUGCUCUAUGGCAAACAUGCUUACGAAAUUGAAUUUAAUCCACCACCAAGUCUAGAUCAUUUUGUAUUAAAAAAGAGGUUAUACGAGCCAGAAACAGAAGAAAUUGAAAAUAAAGCGAAAAUGUUAAAGUUAGAUAAUUUUUCUGAAAUUUGCUCUGAAGAACUUGAGAAUGACCAGCAGUCAGAAGAUAGAUUAUCUUCAAAUGAUAUUCAUUCUACUGAAAAAGCAUUCAGCACUGAUUCUAGUACAUCAUCUGAACAAAGUAAUAUCUCAAGUGCAAAGUGGGAUAGUAUCAGUAAUGGAAAAUUAUUAAUUUAUACACCACCAUCCCUGCCAAACUGUGCAAAGAUAGCUGCCUACGAUAUGGAUGGUACUUUAAUAAAAACUAAAUCUGGCUUGGUAUUUCCAAAAGAUUGUAAUGAUUGGCAAUUAUUAUAUCCUGAUAUACCCAAUAAAUUGAAACAGUUUUAUACAAAUGGAUACAAGAUAGUUAUAUUCACAAACCAAGCGGGUCUUAGUUCUGGUAAAAUUAAGAUUAAUGAUUUCAAGCGCAAGAUCGAGAGAAUCGUACAGAAAAUCGGCAUUCCCAUUCAAGUUUUUAUUGCUGUAGGAAUGAACAUUUAUAGAAAGCCAACAAUUGGUAUGUGGGAAUUUUUGGAAAAAGAGAAGAACGGAGGUAUUGCAAUUGAUAAGGCUAUUUCAUUGUAUGUUGGCGAUGCUGCUGGCCGACCGAAAAAUUGGGCACCAGCAAAGAAGAAAGAUCAUUCAAGUGUAGAUAGAUUAAUGGCACUAAACUUGGGUAUCAAAUUCGAAACGCCCGAGGAACAUUUUUUGAAACAUAAAACGGCGCCUUAUCAACUACCCAAGUUCAAUCCGAAAAGUUUGCCGCAGACUAACGAUGUGUGUAAACCCGCGGAUGCGGAAUUAACACUGAAACAACAAGAGGUAGUACUUAUGGUUGGCAGUCCAGGUUCUGGAAAAUCGCAUUUUGCAAAGAAUUAUCUAAAGGAAUACAAAUAUGUCAACAGAGAUACUUUAGGCAGUUGGCAAAAAUGUAUCGCCGCAGUUCAGCAAUAUUUGAUUGAAGGAAAAAGCAUAGUUGUAGAUAAUACCAAUCCUGAUCCAGCUUCGAGACAGAGAUACAUAGACAUAGCUAAGAAGCGCAAUAUUUUAGUCAGAUGUUUCGUCAUGACGACAAGUAUAGAACAUGCGAAGCAUAAUAACAAAUUCCGCGAAUUGACUGAUCCAAGCCACAUUCCAAUCAACGAAAUUAUUAUAAAUUCCUAUGUAAAAAAUUAUGUGCCACCAACUUUAGAAGAAGGCUUUAAAGAAAUAGUGGAAAUCAAUUUUGUUCCAAAUUUUAAUAAUGAGAAGGAUCGAAGACUCUACGAAAUGUAUUUACUCGAAAGUUGAAUCCUUUUCAAAUGAUCAUAUGAAUCUGCCAUAGUAUUCACUUAUUUUCAAUGUAAUAAUGUCAACAAUAAAAAUAUUUAUUAGAUUAUCUAUUGCA